AUGGAGAGAAAGAGGAAGCUCCCUGCGAGGGCCGCGGCGAGGAGCGAUCUAGCCUCCAAGAAACGUACCGUAACGCCGCCGGAGAAAGAGGCCUCCGCAACACCCGCCCCCGAACCGACCCCUGCUGAGGAGCCGCCCCAGCUUCCAAAGUCAAUCCAGCCAGGCAAACCGCUGCCUACGGUGGAAGCUGCGCAACCCCAAAAUUUAUCCAGCAAGGAAUUCCAAUCAAUUCAGGAAAGUGGUGUGAUGGCUGAGUCCUUGCGCCGUUCGCGACACAAGUGGAUGACCGAAUUUAUCUUCGAGAAGUACUGGACGAAGCCGACGAAGCGAAAGGGCGUGAUCAACGAGGACCCGAAGAAUCCCCCGAAGGAUAGCAUGAUGAAGCUUGGCCAGGUCACGAUAAGCAUUGAGCCACAUAUUUUCGACGCUACUCUCUAUGCAGUCAAGGAUCCCAAGCCUCCUGCUCCCCCGUCUUCUACGGUACGACCAGUCCUUCAAUAUGGCCCUCCAGGCGGCUCACUACCCCCGAAAUCCGCGAAGCCCUCUACUACAGCCUCGAAGCCUUCUCCAGCCGCAAAACCCUUAUCUGCUACGACCACCCCUCGAUCCACGAACAACGAUUCAACUGCUCCUUCAGCUCAGGGUGCUUCGAUAGUCUCCGCGUCCUCCAAGCCGCAUCCGGCUCACUCCCCUUCUCCAUCCAUCACUGCUGUCUCGGGCGGCCCUGCUCUCGCCCCAGCCGAUGCUAGGCCCGCAGCCCCAGCUCCCCUCCCCAGAACCUCGAAUUCUCCUGCAGUCGCUCCUCAGCAAACCGCGUCUACACCCCGUUACCAGCAGUCUCCAACACCCACCGGUUUUGUCUCCGGCUCUACUCCCAAACCAGCAGCCCCUCCUCCGCCUCCCGGACCAGCGAACAACGCUGUCAUUGCUACACUAGCAGAGCGUGCGACCUCUGACGAUAAUCUUAGAGAGCUCAUGAAAAGAGUCGCCGAGGGGAAAGCCAGUAAGGCUGAGCUUGCCCAAUUCCAAAGAGUUAUCGAUCAGAUUCACGAGGAACAUAGCAGGAAAGAAGCGCAACCUCCUCCGUCCGCCGAUAAGUUGUUUGUUGACGGGAGGACGGUGAAGUACUUUGCUGAGGAGGUCAAGACUAUACUGCAAAUUGUCCUCGCGUCCAAUCCUCAACAGAGGUCGAGCAACCUACGGCCGCCCGCCGGAAGCGACACGUUAAUCGUGAUGCUUGUACAAGCGGCUCUUGAUGAUGCACCCUUGAAGGCGGCAAUCCAGCGAAUCGCGAAUGGCAAGCCGGAAUAUAAUGAUGCCACGACGCUCAAGUCCACAUUGGACAACUUACAUAAGAAGCUCAUGCUAGAUAAAUUGAAGGAGCAGAAGCCGAUUCCAAGCUCUCCCAUACCAACAUCUAGUAGCAACCCCAUCAGCGGGUCGCGGGCGUCUCCGGCGGCAGGGGCCCAAUCCCAGGCCCCACAACAAGCCUUGCGGUCCAAGGGCCCUCCUCCGGCCCCGAAACCAGACAUUUCGGCAAUCGUCGUGGAAUUCGCAGGUGGUAACGGGGAUCGAUACUUGUUCCCCAAGUUCAGCAUUCUAGAGUACCGUGGAACUCAACAAGUCGUCGCAUCCUUCCUGCUAGUGCGCAAGAGCAGCCGGCUUGAAUAUGGCGGAGAUCGUGAGCUCGAUUACUACGAGCCCAUCACUGUCCGACUAUUCGCGGCAUCCGGCCGCCACUUGGAGAACCUCGCACGCGUAGUAGCGCCUCGCGAAGAAGUGGUUCGCUACAUGGACGACGUAAUGUCGAACAUGACGCGCGCGCAGUAUAUACUCCUUGCCUGGCGCCUGUUGCGCGAGCGAGCAGGCGAGAAGGGAGAGGGCGCGGAGGAAACAAACGGCGAGGCUAACGGAGCAGCCUCGAAGGAAGCCGAAGGCCAGGUCAUCACCGCUUCCUUAAAACCGGCGGUUCUCUGGACUGCGAAGACUCAAGGCAACAAGAGUUCGUCUAUGGAAAAGAACAAGUUCAGUUCAGCUGAGGAUGAGGAAGCGGAGCAAUACCAAAAGCUCAUCCGGUCAGCUGUUCCCGGUGAUGUUGAGGCGUAA